AUGGCGGGCCCGAGUGGGGGCGCUUUUGAUCCAUUUGAAUGGAACGCUUUCUACUUCCCAAAAAUGAGCCGCGAAGAAGCCGUUCAAAUCCUCUCGGAAAAUGAUGUACAACUAGGAACAUUUCUGUUGAGAGACAGCUCUCGUCCUGGCACUUUCUCAUUGAGUGUUCGUGAAUCGGAUGAGGCGAUGAAAGUACGACACUACUUGAUCGAGAAGAAUGAGAGCGGAGGCGUGAAAAUCGCUGAACAAACAUUCAUUGACUUGCCCCAACUAUUGAAUCAUUUCAAGUUACGCAUUUUGGAUAAAACCUCGUUGACGAUUCCGUAUAGGAAACGGGAAUUGGAAAGAGUUCAGGCAUUGUUCCGUUUCGAGGGAACAAAGGAGACUGAUCUUUCGUUUGAAGCAGGAGAACAAUUAGAUAUUAUUGGAAAGCCGGAGCCUGAGUGGUGGCAAGCGAGGAACGCAAUGCAAAGGACAGGACUAAUCCCGGCGAAUUAUGUGGCACCAUUAGGGGAAGUUGAUAGAAACAGUCGAGGAGAAUGGUCAUCAAGUAGUAGCUCUGGGCCAAGCAGGCAUUCAACUGCUAGUACACACGACCACGAGCAAAGUGCUGAGCCGAGACUCCCAGCACAGGCUUUUGUUGUACACGAUCGAACGCCAAACGUCUACGAUACAGCUGCUUUACGAUUACAGAAAGGACAACAAGUGGAGGUGCUUCGAAAGAUUGGAAAUGGAUUCUAUGAGGGAAUUGUUGAUGGGAAAAGAGGCACCUUUCCUCAUACCUAUGUUCGAUGGGAG